CCAUUCAUGACAUCUUCCUUUGAAUACGUAUUCCUUCGGGGGAAUCCUCGCUGCUUGGCAAUAUGCAAAACAGUCGUGUUUUCCCCAUCCAACGCAAUGGCUUUCCGUGGACAUUUGGAUAUUCUUGAUGAAUGCCAUAGGUUCCAUGUUUUCGGUCGGGUUUCGCAACUGCGGCACAAUGAGUAUUUAUCAAACCCGAUGCAUUUCUCAAGCUCCUCAGACUUCACUUUUGAAUGGCUGUAUCCACUUUGCUCGCCCGUGUUGGUAUCGUUUUGCUCCUGAUUUCCAGCGCGUUGGCGCAUCCCACUGUGACCAUUCGAAACAAUCCCGUAACCUUGCAAGUUGCUCGGCGCAUAAAUGCUACCAGUGUACGCGAUCUCCUGAAGAUUGAUCAAGCUCGUGCGAAGGCCAUCAAAAAUCGUCCCAAAGUACAAUCACACAAUACAACCGCUGCUGCAGUCUUUGGUGUCCCAGCAACGAACCAGGCAGUCGGUGUCGGGAGUCCGCCGACUCAAUUUGAUCUAUUGGUUGACACCGGUAGUUCGAACACUUGGGUCGGUGCCGGGACAGUAUUCCAGGCUUCUAGUACCACGCAGUUUACGGCUAAUCUGGUUGAAGUAACCUAUGGAUCAGGAUUUGUGCUCGGUCAAGAAGUCAAUGACCAAGUCACCCUUGCUCCUGGUCUUGUGAUCCAAGGCCAAUCUCUCGGUGUCGCCAUCUUAGACCAGGGUUUUGAUGGCGUUGACGGCAUCAUUGGAAUUGGACCCACUGAUUUGACAUGUGGCACACUCGUGCCUGCCGUCACAUCCUGCAUUCCAACGGUCACAGACAAUGCUUUCACUCAGGGCCUUAUAGACGCACAAGAAGUUGGUAUAUCGUUUGAGCCAACCACCUCCCUUUCGGAUACGAACGGUGAAAUAACGUUCGGUGGUACUGACCCAAGUAAAUUUACUGGGGAUAUCACGUUUGUGCCAAUUACAUCGACUUCACCGGCGAACGAAUUCGUUGGUAUUGAUCAAACAAUCACCUACGGCGCAGCUGGUACUCCUAUCCUUCCGAUGACCUCAGGAAUUACGGACACCGGAACUACCCUUCUCUUGAUUGCAUCUGAUGCCCUUACUGCUUACGAAACUGCAACCGGAGCGGUCCCUGAUGACGCAACAGGACUUCUUCGUCUCACUCCCGCACAGUUUGCCGACCUUGAGAGUCUUUUUUUCACCAUCGGAGGAACGACAUUUGAAUUUACACCCAAUGCUCAAGCUUGGCCUCGUGCUCUGAAUACUGCCAUUGGUGGAACGGAUGACUUCGUUUACCUUAUUGUCAACGACAUUGGCUCUCUCUCUGGAGAAGGUCUCGACUUCAUUGAUGGUAUGACAUUCCUGGAGCGAUUUUACACCGUCUUCGACUCUGCUGGUAGUCGGUUCGGCAUAGCUACCACGCCAUUCACGGAUGCAACAACUAAUUAGUGAUGCUUCCUUCAAGUACUAUUGGAAAGACAUUUCUGUUCUUAUUGGUUGUGUCUAUA